AAAUUCCCAAACAGGCUACAUCCUCCUUGACUUGCGACCAGUAGCACUCAGCCAGGGUACUUACCCUGGAACAUUCCCAUAUUUUCAGACCACGUAACUACACGUGUAAAUCAUUUCUCUGUUGCCAUCGGACGCCAUGAGUUCCGGAGGCCUCAUAUGUCAGCAAUGCAAGGAGCCACUGCAAUUGGAUGCCUCUCUUGUCGAUUUAGCUCCUUCUGCCUAUGACAUGAUCGUCACCUCGGCUCCGCCUGCGCAGUCGUCUUCGCAUGCGCGUCUUACCUCUGACGCCGACAAGUUGGCUGCUCUUCCUGCAGACUCGACCGUCAAAUCUGCAUGGCAAAAAUCCAAGUCCUCUGCUCUCUCUUCUCUUUCAGCUCGUGCUCAGGGAAAACUGCCUGAAAACGGAGCACUGUCGCCACAUGAAUCCUUCGUGCUUUUGCAAGACAGCAUGAUCCGUAAUAUCCCCUCUUCUUCGCCUUCAUCUCCGCGCCAAAAGAAAGGGCUCAUGAAGGCGCGGAGUUCCCCGAGCAAGUCUCCGACGUCACCCCCGCUCAAACCUGCUCUCGAUCAGUCGAACCCGUCGCCACUGUCCCACCAUCUACGUUCAACUACCAGACUGUUCAAUUUCCUGUCCUCACGGACAGAGAUCGACCACCCUCUCUGUGCGGAGUGCACACAGAUCCUACUCACCUCACUACAACGUCAGUUGGAUGAAACAAAGAAAGAAAGAGAUGGUUACAUAGCGUUUGAGAAGGAGAUUAAAAAGGAGAGGGAGCGAGAAGGACGUGGGAUGACGAAAGAAGAGGCGGAGAGGAAGAUUGAAAGACUACAGGGAGAAGAACGCCUUGCCAUCGAACAGCUUCUAGAGGCGGAACGUGAGCGUGAGCAACUAGACGAAGAGUUGCGACUAUUAGAGCUUGAAGAAAAGGAUUUGGAUGCCGAAGAAAACGAAUUCUGGCGCGCUCACAACGAACAAGUCUUGUCCAUAGAUCAACAAACCGCGCAGCUAGCAACACUUCGUGCUGCGUACGCAGCGGAUUCUGCCACUCUCGAGAAACUUGAGCGUACUAAUGUGUAUAACGAUGCUUUCUGUAUUGGCCAUGACGGUGUCUUUGGGACCAUUAACGGGCUACGAUUAGGGAGGGUACCUGGAGUGCCAGUUGAAUGGGCUGAAAUCAACGCGGCUUGGGGACAGACACUUCUUUUAAUGUAUACCAUUGCUCGCAAACUCGACUACACGUUUGAGAACUAUCGAUUAGUACCCAUGGGAUCUUUUUCCCGCAUUGAAAAAGCUACUGGUGACAAGUCCAAUUAUGAGCUCUACGGCUCUGGUGACCUCCAUUUCGGCCGAUUACUGCAUAAUCGACGGUUUGAUUUAGCCAUGGUCGCUUUUAUCGAUUGCUUGAAGCAUCUCAUGGAUCAUAUCAAGUCCCAAGAUCCCUCUGUGGAUUUUCCUCAUCAAGUCGUCAAAGAUAAGAUCGGCGAUGUUUCGGUCAAGCUGCAGUUUAACCAAGAGGAGACUUGGACAAGAUCGCUCCGCCAUGUCCUUCUUGCUCUGAAGAUAUGUCUGAAAUGGGCCACUAAUGGUGCGAAUGGAUAAGACAUUACCUUGAUUCUAUAAUUAUAUGUACCUACAAUGGAUAUUGGAUGGAUAUGAUAGGACCAUCAGAAUGAGUCCCUAGAUUACUUGACGCCGAGGUCGACCCGGU